AUGUCAAAUUAUACAAGCCAGGUGCCCUUGCGCCUGUCCAUAAUCACUCUGCUGCCCAUCGGUUUGACGAUGCUGCUGAUGAUCGAGACGCUGUGGAGAGAGGGCUCCAGCAUAGGCAUCUGGUUCAUGCUCGUCCCUCGCUGGAGGGAUUUGCUACAGAUCACGGUGUGGACCCGUGCCGUGGAGCAGGUGCUGUUUACCAUCGGCGUCAGCUACGGUCCGGUGGUGACCUUCGGCAGCUUCUGUCGCCGCUUUGAGAAUGUGCACAGGGUGGUGUUCAUGGUGACGCUUUUGACCCUGGGAGCCAGCCUGAUGUACUCCAUCAUCGUGUUCUCCUCGCUGGGCAGCAUGGCGCUCAGUCUGAACAUCCCCGUCAAGGACGUCGUGCACGGAGGCCAGAGCGUGAUAUUCGUGGCGAUGAGCAAGUACUCGGUGCACUGGCUCUCCUCCUGUCUCUUCUUCCUGCUUGUCCUGAUCGCCGGAAGCAGUUCGCAGCUAUCGAUGGUCGACGUGGCGCUGACCCACCUGGCCGACUGUUGGCCGUCGCUGCAGCGGUACCGGCGACACUUUGCAGUCGCCUACUGCGUCGUUGCUUUCUUGCUCGGCAUGCCAUUCGUCACCGAGGCGGGCCUGUACCUUGUGCAGCUGGUGGACAGCCAGGUGGUCGGAUUCCUGCUCAGCUACGUGGCCUUCUUCGAGCUUCUCGCCGUUAUGUGGAUAUACGGUGCGCCAAUAUAUUAUAAAAGAAACCUGGAGGACCUGCACCGUCACGUCACGAGGAGUAUAGGCACACCUCGCGCUUAA